ACUCAUCGAGAAUUCUUUCAGCGAUUGAUCUCAUUUUUUAUUUAUCGUUUCAAAAAGAGAGGAACAUCUGAAUCUGUUACGAGUAACGGGUAUUUGCUGAUCGACCAUUAAAGUGAUUCUACUAUAAGUGAGCGUGUUGUAACGUUUGCAUAGGUUUUGAAAAGAAAUUAAAGUUAAAUCUGCACAAAUUUAUUUUGUUGGAAAGUGUGCCCAUAUUCGAAAGUGUUAAAAAGUAUGUCUCGAUAUCGAGUGAAAAAUAUGCAUAUUAUCAUGGUAAUAUUCGCCACCAUUCUGAUUAUACAAUCGUAUGCUAUUGCUGAAUCAAGCGAACAGAGCAGCAUAUUAUUAGACAGUGAAGCAAAAGAAAAAAAAUUAACAUUACCAUUCACAUCAACGUUGCAAACGGAGUUGUAUCAAGAUAAUAUUAAAUAUUAUAAUUUUCCAACGGAUUAUAUUUAUAGACCUCUUCAAAACAAGAAAUGUCCAUUGUGCGACACUUCUGUUCUUCCUUAUUGCGGAGAAAAAUUAUUGCACGAUGCAUGUUGCUGCACAGAUCCUUAUACAUACGAUUUACCUUACCAAUGUAAAUUAGCGGAUUGUCGAUUUUUGCAUGCGAAUAGUUGCAAAGAACAUCAAUUAAUUGCAAUCUGUUGCUGUAGUGAUGAUUACCGAUCUUUAUUGAAGAAUUUUUCAAAUGUUUAACAUAUUUAUUAUAAAUCAUGUUUUAUUUAUUUAUUUCAUUAUGAUAUAUGAUAUUUAUAUCAUGCAUAUACAUAUAAUGAUGCAUAUAUAAGUAAUACAUGUUAUUUUAUUAACAUAUAAAUUUUUAAUCAAAACGUUUAUAUAUACUAUUAAUCAAUUAAACAAUAAAUAUAUUUUUUCCACAUAUAAUAAAAAUAGUAAAUAAUAAAUUUUAAUAAAUUAAAAAUAAUAAAUAUAUUUCUGAAUUUAAUAAAUUUUAUCAAAUAAAAAAGUUAUAAGCGAGAUAUAUUCGAUAGUAUUAGUUUGAUGUGUUCUACUUCAUUAAUAUUAUAAUUAAUUCAAUAUCGUAUCAAUAUUAACUCAGACAGAUAAUUGAUAUAACAUUAAAUAAUAUAAAUAAAAUAAAUAAAUAUAUAUAUAUAUAUGAUUUAUAAAAAUACAAAAUAUUUAAAAUAUAUGUAUGAUAAAAAUAUAAAAAUAUAAUUCCUUUUUACUAUUUAAUUAGUAGCGCCAUCUCUUUGAAAAAUAUUGAAAUUCGUUACAUUAUAUAUAAUGAUUUAAUAAAAAAACAGAUAUAAAAAUAAAUAAUUAUAUAAGUAGUUAAAGAAAUAAUUAAACAUUUAAAAAAUAAAUCAAUCAAUCAUGCCAAAAAAUAAUUUAAUUUAUAGAUAAUAAACAGCAAUUUUUCAUCCAAUCACAAUAUCUUUAUAAUAAAAUACAUCGAUAAUUACGAAUAAAACAUGCGAAACAAUUGCAGUCAUAAAUGAAUGUAUUUUAAAUAAUAAAUAAAAACGAAAAAAUACAAAUAAAUAAACGAAUAAAACAUAUAUAUUUUAAAUAUGAAAUUUACACAUAAUUUUAUAUUAUAUACGAAAUCGAAUAAACUUUGAAGUCAAAAGAAAUUUUAUAUAAUAUUUAAUAAAUUUACUAUAUCAUUUUAUUACAAAUUAUUAUAUUAUAUUAAUAAAUUUUGAAAUUAAUAAAAUAUUAGUAUAAUAUUAAAAAUUAUAAUUUAUAUUUAAAAAUUUUCAGUUUUAAAUUUACAGAUGCUGCUAUUUGCGUAGUUACUAAUAUAAUUAUCUUUAUCCUUUUCCGCUGCUAAUAGCGCCAUCUCGACUUCAAUAAUGUUUAGUGCGCAUCGUAAUGCGCAUGACGUCAGUCUACAGUUGAAAAUUGUGGUGAUAGAUUGUGUUUCAUAAAUUGUGUGUAAUUACAUAUUUAA